CACAUUCAGACCUCAGACAACACCUCCACGUGGCCCCACAACCAAACAAGAAAGAAAAGCAUUUUCAUCGUCUCUCUAAUUCAAAAACCCCCUUCUACUUCCACUUUGUAAAACCCCAUUUAAAAAAAACAAAACAAAAAAAAAAUCAUCGGACCAAACGUCGCCGCUACCGUAACAAUGUCGACGGUGACGGCGACGGCGGCGAAUCUGUCGGUCUUCGUGCUUCUGAUUGCAGUUGCAGUUUCAGCUCAAAGCACACCUACGACGUCGUAUACUAACCACACCGUUGGUGGACCCGCCGGCUGGUUCUUCAACUCCUCCACCAACUCUUCCGCCACCAAUUACUCCUCUUGGGCUUCCAGUCAAAUCUUCAAUCUCGGAGACUUCCUUAUUUUCAACACCAACACGAACCAGACCGUGAUCCAGACCUACAACGAGACCACCUACCAGAGCUGCAUCGCGGACGACGCGGCGGGCAACGACACUUUCCAGUACGGCGGCGGAAGAGAAAAUUUCGGCGAGUUGUUGACCAUCGCCCUGCCGUUGACCAUCGAGGGUACCAAUUACUACUUCUCAGACGCCGACGACGGCGUGCAGUGCCAACGAGGAAUGGCCUUCGAGAUCGAUGUGGCUCAUGGCCUCGGCUUGCCUCCGAGCCUUAACCAGCCGCCUCCGCCGCCGUACAUUGAGCCGCCUGGUCCAGACACAGCCGAAUCGCCCCCGAUCACGGUCGGUGGAUCGCAGCCUUCGGAUGGUGGAUGCUUGAGAAUCGGUGCUAACUUGGUCUGGGUUUUAUUAUGUGCUCUUCUCGCUUUAUCUCUCCGGCCCUGAUUUCUGGGACAGAGACGGUUCAGGCUAGGGACAAAAUUGUUGAUGUGGAGCACUAUGUAGAAGAUGACAAUUGAUGGAAUAUAUAUGUUAUGAGAAGAUUUGGUCUUAAUGUUUUGCAUCCUCGUUUUCAAACAUUGUACGAAAAGGUGUUGUUAAAAUUUUGAUUGAUAUUGGUUUUGGCAUAUGAGACCACUUAAUUGUAAUACCAUAUAAAUAUAAUUUUAUGAUAAACUUAUAAAAGUAUAUGAAGUAUUUGUAAUUUAAUGUCGA